GCGUACACCUGAAUCUAUUGAAGACAGCGGCAACGUCUACGCGGCUUGACUACCUGCUGGGCGCGAUGCCUUAUGGGAAAGACAAGCCCCUCUUCCCCCACGCGCACGCGCGCGCAGUGCCUUUCGGGAGCUGUAGUUUCCUCGUUUCCGCUGGGCUUCCCAGGCUUCCUUGCCGUUUCCGUUGUCUCCUCGCUCUCCGGUAGCCAUGCCUGGGGGCAAGGGUGGGAAGCCUCGCGAGGCCGCGAACCCGGCGGCCGCGAGUGUGUCUGAAUCCGUGACCGAGCGGGUCCUGCGGGAGGCGCACUCGCUUUAUGUGCAUCCGGGUCAUGGUGAGAGUUGGGGAUGGGGAAGAUGGGGGGGGGGUCUUCCUGGGUCGGAGGGUGGGGGGCGACUGAAGGGUUGCGUGGGGUGUGUGCGUGCAGGAGCUAACCUUUCCCCUUCCCCUCCCAGGGCUGGUGUCCAUUGGGGGGCGCCUGGGCCUGACUCUGCUCCCACCACGCCGCAAAGUGACUGUCAUGGUGAUGGGCAACCACAGCGCUGGCAAGAGCAGCUUCAUCAACUGGUGAGCUCAAGAGGGAUAUACAAAGGAGGGCAAAGGGACUCAUAGAAAUGGUAGGGUUGGGAGGGACCCCAAGGGUCAUCCAGACUAACCCCAGCAAUGCAGGGAUCUUUUGCCCAACGUGGGACUCGAACCCACAACCCUGACAUUAAUAGACUCAUUUUCGGCAAGCCCAAGUGAGCUGGAAGCAGAGUAUCGUGCCAUGGGGUGUGUUGGCAUGGGUGCAUGGCAGUGCCGAAUUUACGUAUAAGCUAAACAAGCUAUAGCUUAGGGCCCCACUCUCUUGGGCUCCCAAAAAAAAUUAAAGGAAAAAACUACUGGAUGUACAUUUCCAAAAUAUAAGAUAAAAAAUAAAAUAAAAUAAAACCUACAUACAGCAACAGUGGCAAAUGGCAAAUGUUAGGUCCAUAAAUUACCAUAUAGCAUAUAUUCAACACGAAAAACAGCGACAAUUUGUUGUUGACAAAGGACAGCUGGACAUAGAAAGGGCCCCAUUACCUUCAGUAGCUAAGGGCCUCAUCAAACCUAAAUCUGGCCCCGGGUGCAUGGCGCUCUGAGGAAAUCCUAUGGGGUUUGGUGGUGGUGCAUUUCAGGUCUCUGCCAAACUUCCAGUUCACCCCCCAAGUAUUUGAUGACUUGAGGAAGGUACUGCUGCUGAAUAGGAGGCAUUGGUGUGUCUGCAGGGCUGUUAGGGUAGUUUCUUAACACUGAUACAUAGUAACAAAAGACACAGGUGUCAUUUUGUGGCACUCCUUGGUAUUUAUGCAAGAUACAGUAUGUAAUGAAUUAUUGCUAGUUGAUGGGUUGGACAGCAUAUUCUAAGUACCAGAGGGCUGGCAUUCAUACUGGCUGGUUUCAGUAUGCAAAGAGGGGGCUAUAAUCCACAAGAUACCCAGGGUAGUUUUGUAGUGGGAAUGGGAUCAAAUGACAUUUCCAUCAUUCAAAACCAUCUUGCUCCCUUCAAUGUUUUCCUGCAGGUAUGUUGAGGAGCACAUUCAACGAACCGGUGUAGCUAUUGAGACUCAGGGUUUCACCUUCAUCACUAGUGGAAGGAAGCGAGAAUCUCUCACGGUGAGAAUUUCCUUUUCUGAUUCACAAUACUCCAAGAGAAAAUGGCUGCCUUCCUGCAAUGCUCUGGACUGAGGUUGUAGAAAUUACUGAUAUCAAUAGGCAAGGAGUUCCUAAGUAUAGGUGGUGCCACACUCACAAAGAUUGAUUCCCUGUAAAUGUGUAGCAGUAUCAGUUCCACUUAUAUAAGCAGUUGAGUGGAUAAGGCGAUCUGGAAUAACUGAAGAACUUAAAUAAUGAAUUCACGAUUAACAUAUAGGAUGGACCUAUGGCCAUGAUUUUGUCUGAUCUUUUCAAUGGCAUCUGUACUGUAGUACAGUAUCCUAUGUUCUAACCUCUUCUGUUUCCCCCCCUCUUACAGGGUAAUGCCACACUCCAUCUGUACCCCCAUUUCCAGGCCUUGCAGAGUUUCAAAGGUUAGUUGCAAACAAUUAAGAGCAAGGAGUGGACCUCUGCAUUAAACGGUGACGUGAAUUGGAUCAGUUGUUCCUUAAGGCAGGCAACUGGCCUCUACAGGAUAUGUGGGUGGCUGUUGAAAUCAUGCCAUUAAGUCACUGAGAUACAUGGUGUUGUGGAACUCCGCCACCUUGAGUUACACCACCACAGUGGGUAGAAUGAUUUGGAGUACGGUGUUUGUUUUCAGGAGAGGUAGAGAACAGACACAAUGCUUAGCAUCUGUCAGUGGUAAGAGCCUACUUCAGAGUCUUAAUUUUGCCUCCCCUCUUUCUUUUAGGUGUGCCAGAGUACCUGAGCACUGAGAUCUGUACCUCUAAGCAGAAGCAGUUCCCCCUGGUCACUUUCCUUGACACGCCAGGCUUGGUGGACGGAGACAUGAAAUAUCCUUUUGAUGUGGAAGGGGCACUUAUCUGGUUUGGUGAGUGUAGCAGUGUGGAUAAGUGGAAUGGAGUUGUCUCCUGCUGUGGAUUCUCCUAAUGAAUUCCUCUUUUGGAGGCAUUAUGCCUCUGAAUACCAAUUGCUGGGAAUUGUGCUCGGGUUCAGCUUGCAGGCAUCUUGACUGAGCAUUCUGUGUUGGACUAGAUAGAGUGUUGGACUAGAUGGGGCUUUGGCCUGAUCCGGCAGGUUUUCUUUUUGUUCUUAAUCCAGAGCAGAUAUGAGGAACCUGUAAGCCUCCAGGUGUCAUUGAACAUCAACUCCCAUUAUCCCUUACCAUUGGCUGUGCCAGCUGGGGCUGAAGGGAAUUGCAGUCCAGUGACACCUGGAGGGCCACAUUUUCACCGUUCCUGAUCUAGAAAAUGGCAUCAGGAAGAACUGCUAUUCUGGAUCAAGCUAGUAUUCAAAAGAAAAUGGACCUGUGUGGGUAGAACUGGAUUGGAGGUAUAAAAAAAGAAAACUCUGAGAUAGAAAGAUGUGGUGGUGGUUGGAAUCUGGAGGGAAAAUUGAUUUUUUUUUACUGCUUUCUUUCCUAUUAGGUUUUUGCUGUUUUAUUUCAUAAUUAGUAGUAAUUGUCUUUGGGAGAAUUUGUGAAAAUAUCUUUUCAAGUGAUGAGAAAACUUUGUGGCAAGAAUUCACAGAGAAAUGCCCCAUUGCCACAGUGGCAGUAGGGAGAAUAUUUUAGCAUGAGGCAUCUUUUACUGUAGAUUAACUCCCUUCUUCUGCCAUUGUCUUGCUUCCAGGCCAACUCUGCGACCUCAUCCUGGUCUUUUUUGACCCCAUGGGACAGGCCCUUUGCAAACGCACUCUCAACAUUGUGGAGAAUCUCAAUGAGGGGCACGGAGACAAGCUGCAUUUUUACCUCAGCAAGGCUGAUGAGGCGGGUGCAGAAGGUGACAGACAGGUACUCACAGGGUGAGGUUGUCUUGGGGAUAAUGAUCCAGAAAUGGGAGACAGAAUGUCUGUUUCAAUAAGGGAAGCAGCCUAGAGCAGCACAAGGUCUUUCCCUUUUUUCUUGAUUCUGAUCUGUUCUCUUUCCUGACAGAGGGUGCUGAUGCAAAUUGUCCAGGAACUCUGCAAGCGCCCAGGCCUCAAUAAGUGCGGGUUUGAUAUGCCCACAAUCUACAUCCCCAACUCCAAUAAGGUGAGUGGCAACCCUUUGCCAUUUCAGAGGUGAUGGGUAAGCCUCCAUGAAAAGGUGGGAAGCCUUGGGAAGAGGGAAGAAAAUAUGCAAAACAGUUGCACCUUGGUGUGUUUGAGAAAAGUGAGAUUUGCUAGGAGGAUAUUGAUGGGCUAUGAAUGGUGGUGUGUGUAACCAGCCUAACACUGUCCCUCAGCCAAGCCGGUGCGUUAAUCAGAUUGAGGAGAUCUGCCGAACCAUCGAGAAGACAAUCAGCCAAACUGUGCAGCACACACUCAACGCUUUGGAGCGGGACUGCCACCUCAUUGACGAGGCCACGCAGCGUUUGCUAGAAGAGGACAAGUAAGAGCAUCGUGGGAAGCGAAAGAUGAAUGUCUUGAAUGUUGCCAUAUUCCUCAUAAGAGCCAGAGCUGCUUGUCAGUCUGUGAAGGGGUGGGCUGUGCGGAGCAGUUGGCAGGGAGCAGGGUAGCACAUCAAAUCACAGAUGGAGUGUGAAGUUUUUAUGGGAUGAAAAGGCGGGUUAGCAAGCCCACCUGGCCGCCCUGAAGUGAAAUGCAUGUGGGAGGGACAUUGAGCAGUUAAUUAACGUGUGUUUGGGGCCGGAGAGACCUUCUCUAGAAAUUGUGGAAGAGAUUGGAGAGGAAAUCAGGAAAUAGACAUCUAUGAGUGCAUUAGGGGUAGCAGGAUUUGAGUGCCUGAGACAUUGUAGUGGUCUUCCUCGUUCCCAGGUGUGUGUGUUUUGCUCUUUCUCUCUCCUCUCUACGUGCCCAGUGAGGCCAGAAACGGCAACUUCCGCGCUCGUUUCCGGGGAGCGCUGCUUGGGCUAGCAGGAUGCCUCCUGCCCAUCUUUCUCCUCGUGACCUUGCUCUUUGGUACAGCCUUUGCUCGCCAGCUCUGGACUUUGGUGUUGGGAGAAGAGCAAAGCCAGGCGUUAGAGCUGUCCAUGGUGAGUGCUUUUGUUGCUUAACUUCCCUCAAUUCAGCUUCCCAUUGCUCCUCAGUGCCCCAUAAUCACUAUUUCCCCCCGUGCUUUCUCAGGAUGCUCCUCAGUUAAGCUCCAUUACACUUUUUAUGACUGGUGCCAUGUAUUAUCCACAAUUCUGUGCAAGUGUAAAAGUAAUAGUAUAGCAGAAUCUCUGCUUUCAUUUGGAGUGGCAGGGGAGAGGAGAAGCCAUAUUUUAGCUUUCAUGUAUAAGAGGAUAGACAUGUUUGAAAGCAAGCUUUUAAAAGGAGCAAUUAGAAAAUUGCCAUUCUUUCCUCACUUGUGCAUCUCUGGAGGGUAGAAGAAAUAAGUCAGAAGGUUGUAUCCAAGCUUUACCCAGACUAGACCCACUGAAAAGAAUGGAAAAAAGAAAAAAGAAAAGAAUGGACCUAAGUUAAUAGUACACAUUAUUUUUAAUGGGCAUCCUCUGAGUAUGACCUAACUGGAUAUACCCUGUAGUCAUAAAUGCUAGAUAAAUUAACUUUGAUACAGAUAACUAUGGCUGUGUGCUGUCUAUAAUUCUUCCCCUAUGCAACAUGGUUUCAGGAUUCAGUGCAGUAAGAAUCCCAGUUUUCUUUCUUUCUUUUUUCUUAAAUAAGAAAACUGUGUUUUUUGGGGAGGAAACAACCGUGGUUCUUUAAGAAGUAAACAAAAUAAAUUUGGGCAGUGCCUAGAUAGUAGAACACUUGAUAAAUAUAAUUAAAGCAUGCAUGCUUACAUUGCUUAUUUUUUGCAGGACACAGAAUUUCAAUUUUGUCAGUAGGAAAUUUGGAUUGUCUUGCCAUAAAAUGUUUGGAUUUUUAGUAAAAAAAUAUUUAAAGCAAAUAGUAUGUGAGCUCUUAUGAUUUCCUCUGUGAAUACAAACUCCUGUGUCUUACACUCACUAUCUUAUUUUCAGCGUCCAAUUGCUUCCAUGUGGAGCCUUGUCCCUGAAGAGCAAACCUUAACAGUAUUCUUUGGUCUUCUCGGCCUCUCAAUUCUCCUCCUGCUGUUGGCCAGUUACACUUUCAGGUAAGAAGCUCUCUCGGCUUAACGCUAAGAGAGCCUUGUGCAGAGGAGACAUGCACCACACUAACGUAUCCCUCCCCCUUUCUUGUUUAGGACAAAGCCCACUCUCUCAAAGAAACAGAAGCGGCAGCUGGAGGACAGGCGAGACUACGUAGUGGACGUGGUGCUAGAAAAAAAGGUUGACAGCUUUGGGAAUUUGGUUUGGAGUUAUGACACGGGGCUUGGCAUCUAUGCCAAAGGAUCAUGGUUAGGAGAAGCAGGGUUCAUGACUCCUGUGUGGGAUUCUGGGUAGUGGUAGGUUGGGGAUAUCCUUCCUAGGAGAAGGGGCUGGCCAGUGUAUCAGGUUACAAGUAAUUCUGUUUUUUCUGCAGAGACAGCUUUAUGAGGAAUACCUUCGCCAAAGCAUCGGCGAGCAGGACCUGAGCUGAAACUCCUCCCUAAUGGAUUCAAAGAGACUGCCAAUCCCCUGCCAUGUUAAAAUCUCUCCCCUCUGAGUCACUCCAGAGAACAGAGAUUUGUACAGCAACUGUGAACCGUCCUAAGGGGCCAGGUUUUUUUAAAAAACGCCACUUCAUGGGCUUCUAAUUGACGGCAUCUGUUCUACAUAGGUCAACUCCUUGUAUUUGAUUGGAUAGGAGUGGGCGCCCUGUGUUCUUCUGAACUGGGAUCAAUCACACCAGUGGUGUCCUGCGUCCGCACUUGUUACGAGUCCUGCUAAGGCUGCUACACUUAACUUCUAAUGGGAUGGUGCCUCUGGCCUUUUCUGUGGCCUCAUGAGGGAGCAACAGCAGCAUUGCCCAGCUGCUUUUUGCACCUGAUUGAACUAUGCCACUCCUAAAUAACCAAGUUUUUAAUUGGCAACACUAUAAGCUGAUAAUGCUCUUUUACUGGCUACUAACAUCAUUUUAAUUAAGAUGGGGACCACCUGUCUUCAUGACCCUAACUGGUACUCCCCUCCUUUGGCAAUGCAUCAUCUCUGCAUCACUUCCACCUGUAACUAGCCUUGGCCCAUCCACUGUCCCUUAGGAUGACUUUUGUCUCUGUUAAAUGUCAAGUUCAGUGUCUUCUUCUUAUCCUUUGGCAAGCAAUACCUCAUACCUCUGAACAUCUCUGGAUGUUGCAUUAGGACUUGGAGAUGCCCAUGUCAUCCUCCGUCUCACACUACGAAGUGCCUUCAACUGAUACCAGCUCUUGAGGGGAAGUCAGGACAUUUUUGCCGAUAACCACUGUCCUCUCGUUCAUUCUGCAGUCCUACCUAUGCUGAUACUUAAUGCUGUGAAUUCUCACCAUAACUGCAUUUUUUAUAUAAGCUAUAAUGUCUCCAGCACUCAUUGUAGCAUACUGGGAGUCUCCUCCCACACCUAGUGGCACCUGUCUGGAAAAAAGGGCUGUCUCAGCUAAUUUCCCUCAUAUGGGUCCCUCAGCUGCAUUCAUCGAUUCUCAGACAUCUCCGUUGUAAUCUCUGUAUCUGUGCCUCAUGAAAUGGCUAAAGAUGGUGUGUCCAUGAGAGACUGAUCUUUCCAUCUGUUUUGAGAUACUCCACAUAUUGAGGCAAAUGACAGUAGCAGUAACCAAUCUUGUUGUGAGGAUCAGAAAUUUUUCAGUGUCGAGGGAGCUAUUUUUCUCUAAUCCUUUGCUUUAAGAGACUUGGAUGUAAACCAUGAUCCAAGAGAAAUGGCUUAAUUUGAGUUCCUAAAUUGCCCUCAUAGCUGCACAAAAAUGUUACAAUCGGGGUUAUAACUUCUCAAGCCCUAUCCCCAAAUGGGAUUGUGGUGGUGCUAGUCAAUGGAACAGGGGCGCAAGAGUUCAAUUUCAAUUGUCUUUCUCUCCCUACAAACAGAAAAUAGCCCAUGGUAUGUAUGCCAACUACCAACUUCCAAGUUUGUCAAGAGAUUGCUUUGCUUCAGGAAAGGAGAGGAGCCAGAAUUUAUGGCUGUGUCACUGCUAAUCGGCUGACCAUUUUGGUUCCUCCCCACCACUUUCUGAAGCUUUGUGUCUCUUGUUGGUACGAACUGAUACUAAGGUGGUGAUGGGGAAGAGGAGGGGUAUAGCCUGAAAUUCGUAAAAUAUACUCAUUAGAAGCUGUUUUAAAAUUUGCUGGUAUGAACCCCUUGCCUAGGGCUUCAGUAAAACAAGCUUCUCUUUCCGCAAUGUGCUCCCAGCAAACAUUACCACUAAGGGUGGGUGUGGGGAGGAUGGUGCAUUUAAUAAAGCUCGCUGUAGAAUUUGCCUUGACUUCUUUUUUUAUCCAGAAGCUUUUAGUCCUCACAUGUAGCUCCUUCCCCUCCUGGUGUUAAUUUCUGCUUUUUCCUCAUGUUUCCUGGCCCGGCUCCAUUCAAAUAAGUGUCACAAGAAAACAGUUAUGCAUCUUUAUUUAAUCUAGAAAGUACAUUGGUUUGGAGUAUGCAAUUUGAAUAUAUUGCCUUGCCUUCUGCCCUUUCUGGUGCUCUGUGGAUGCAGCUUUUCUAUGAAUUCAUGCUAUCCACAAUGAUUUUCCCAGUUUCACUACUUGUAGAUCACUAUCUACCACCCCAAAAUUGGGAAAAGGGCAAAGACUUUUACAUAGGCAAUUAAAUAUCAGUAAGUAAACGGGUGAAGAGUUUCCACCCCCAGGCAAGAUAUUAAAAUCUGUAUAUUGUUUAUUUGAUACAUUUGUAUAUCAACUGUAUAUAACCCUUUGUAAAUUUACCUUAGGGCAGUUUGCAAUACAAUUUUAAAUACCCAAACCCAAAUGGAAAGGCUUGGAAGGUUUUAUUUUCUAUUCUGAGCUUAAAUAUGCGUCCUUCCAUUGGCCUUUAUGAGGUGUGAGGGAUGGCUGCUGCGGCCGUCUCUUCCUCAGUCUCAUCCUCGAUGGUUUUUGGGCUGGGCUGCGGUCAUCUUGACCUUCUUCAGCAUCACUCUCACUUGCUGCGAGCAGUAGACCUUGUUCCUCCUCAAAAGAAACCACCGUUGCGUGGCGUUCAGCUAUCUCCGUAUCGACGUUGCCGUUGUGUCCAGAACCUGAGUAUUGUGACCAGACUCAGAGCUAUAGGGGGGAAAGUGAGGGAAAGAUUUGUGAGCAGUGCACACCACAACUUCCUGCGGCCAAUGUGUGAGUAUUCGCUUGACACCUGAUCCACACCCAGUAGUGAAGUGAAGGGAUUUUAAAUAUGCAUUACCCUAAAUUUGUCCCGCUCUCAUUGUUUUUGAUUAUGUCUCUUGCCUUUAAAAAAGGAGCAGCCCCCUUUUUAUAUAGUGGAUAUCUUGUUCAUGUAAGUGGGUAGUGUCCUUUCAUUGGCAGAAGGGCGGCCAUUUUGUUGAGCAGCACAGAGGAGGCCUCUCACCUGCGUUUUUCAUUUCUUGGAUGCUGUCCCUUUCCGUUUUUGCUCCGUGCGUUGCAGCUUCAAUACUAUCUUACGUUCAUGGCCCCCGGGAUUUGGGCGGUUUGUAUGAUCCUCCGCCUCUUUCUUGGAACGACCUUUGCGGGAGGAGCCACCUGGCGGAACCAAACACAAGUUAAUCAUAUUCUGCAUCACAGGCAGUUGGACUAUAAUUUCCCCAAGCGGCUAAUUAUUUUGAGGGUGAGGGGUGGCCAUGCACUAGCUUGCAUCUGCUUCUCUAGUGUUACUAGGGGUAGGGAUUCUGCUGCUUUUAGCUAAUGCUAAUUUCACCACACAGACCUAGCCUAAGAAGCAGGUUUCUUCCAGAGAGGUGAGCUGCUGUGGCUUGUCCUUUGCAUACGCAGUUUUCCUGGAUGAUGAAGAAAAACAGCCUAGGGAGUUGUGACUUAAGCCCUUUUCCCCUGUGGUCAUUGUUUUGCUACUCGAAAUCAUACCCUCUAGCUGCUUUUCCACCCAUGGAGGAAAAGACUUGAACAGCUAGAGGUGAUUCAUGCAGUGACAGUAGAUCUUUGCUAGUCAUCUUGUGAAUCAGGCACUACCAGAGUGAUUCACAUUUAUGCAUCGCUCUGUUUGUGAAGAGCAUUCCAAUGGUAACUUGGGGCUGUUUGUUUAUAAGGAAAAACGCACCCUUCGCUUAGUACUGAUUUGUUAACCAUUUGACAUCCUUUUUCCUCCUCACUGUAGGCAAGCCUAAAAUGACUACAGUAUAAUGCUAUUACAGACCAGUAACCUGUUUUAACCAACUUUAUGGCAGCACACAGCUGGAGUGGUUAAAGAUGCACAAAAACUUGGCUUGCAAGGCAUGUAUGUAGGUGAAGCUGGAAUUCAAAUAUUAGGGUGGGGGAUUUGUGAGAAGGGAAUCGGGUGUUAGAAUUUAAUGCAGCAAACAGAGGUGCAAUCUUUUGCACGGGAUCACUCACAGCUUGCUGUUCAGCAUUACGGUUUUACACUGUGCCUAGUUCCCUGCCAUCCUUCUAUAUGUUUCUUCUUUAUCUAUGCCAGUGUUUUUCAAACGACCCAGAGCAUAGUUUCUACUGCAACCCUAAGAAUCCCUUCACAAUAUGGGAUUUUCCCAUCCUUGGGUUCUCCCCCAUUUCUGCAGUGCACUUACUGCUGUAUCUGUCCGUCAGGCUGUAGAAAUCAUACUGGUCAAAGUAUUCCACCUCGAAAGGCGUUGGGUGUAGCUUCUCGACUUGGACGAAAGAAGUCGACAUGCUGGGACCGAUCUUUCGUUGACAGCGGAGAAACAGGAAGGAAGGAAUGACAACAAUCAGGAGUUCAAAGUGCUAUCUGUCUUCUCUGUGAGCCUGUUUUUCUCUCUCAAUGUGUUUGGGAGACAACAUAUAUAUAUACACCCCCAACAACACCCACAAUUGCAUCAUCCUCUUCCACCC